GCUCGCUGUUCAACAAGGACCCGUACGACAAGGACGACGAGGAGGCCGACGCCAUCUACGACGCCGUCGACGAGCGUAUGGACGAGAAACGCAAGGAAUACCGCGAAAAGAAGCUCAAAGAGGAGCUGGAGCGGUACCGCGCCGAGCGGCCCAAGAUCCAGCAACAGUUCUCCGACCUGAAGCGAGACCUGGUGCAGGUCUCCAAAGACGACUGGGACAACCUGCCCGAGGUGGGCGACGCGCGGAACCGCAAGCAGCGCGCCCCGCGCGCCGAGAAGUUCACGCCGCUGCCCGACUCGGUGCUGGGCCGAAGUCUGGGCGGCGAGAGCGUGCACAGCAUCGACGCCAGCAGUGGCUUAGCCUCGAUCGUGCCCGGCACGGCGUCCAUGGCGCCCGGCAUGGUGACACCCUCGGGCGACCUCGACCUGCGCAAGAUCGGCCAGGCGCGCAACACGCUCAUGAACGUCAAACUGAACCAGGUGUCCGACUCGGUGUCGGGCCAGACGGUGGUUGACCCGAAGGGCUACCUCACCGACCUGCAGGGCAUGAUUCCCAACUUCUCGUCCGACAUCAACGAUAUCAAGAAGGCGCGCCUGCUGAUGAAGUCGGUGCGCGAGACGAACCCGCAGCACCCGCCCGCCUGGAUCGCCUCGGCCCGCCUCGAGGAGGUCACCGGCAAGCUGCAGAACGCGCGCAACCUCAUCAUGAAGGGCUGCGAGGCCUGCCCCAACGCCGAGGACGUGUGGCUGGAGGCAGCGCGUCUGCAGCCGCCCGACACGGCCAAGGGCGUGGUGGCGCAGGCCGUCCGCCAGCUGCCCAACUCGGUCCGGCUCUGGCUGAAGGCCGCCGACCUCGAGCUCGAGCUCAAGGGCAAACGGCGCGUGUUCCGCAAGGCGCUCGAGCUGCAGCCGAACUCGGUGCGCCUCUGGAAGGCGGCUGUCGAGCUAGAGGAGGCGGAGGACGCGCGCAUUCUGCUGUCGCGCGCCGUCGAGUGCUGCCCGACGGCCGUCGAGCUGUGGCUGGCGCUGGCGCGGCUCGAGACGUACGAGAACGCGCGCAAGGUGCUGAACAAGGCGCGCGAGAACGUGCCGACAGACCGCCAGAUCUGGCUGUCGGCCGCCAAGCUCGAGGAGGCCAACGAUAACGCGCCGAUGGUGGUGCGCAUUGUGGAGCGUGCGAUCGCCUCGCUCUCGGCCAACGGCGUCGAGAUCAACCGCGAGUUCUGGCUGAAGGACGCCGUGCAGUGCGAGCGCGCCGGCUCGGCGCUGACGUGCCAGGCCGUUAUCACGGCCGUCAUCGGCUACGGCGUCGAGGAAGAGGACCGCAAGAGCCAGUGGAUGGAGGACGCAGAGGCGUGUGCCGCGCAAGGCGCCGUCGAGUGUGCGCGCGCCAUCUACGCGCACGCUCUGGCCGCGUACCCCAGCAAGAAGUCCAUCUGGCUGGCGGCCGCGUACUUCGAGAAGUCACACGGCACCAGGGAGAGUCUGGAGACGCUGCUGCAGCAGGCCGUUUUGCACUGCCCCAGAGCUGAAGUGCUCUGGCUGAUGGGCGCCAAGUCGAAGUGGUUGGCGCGGGACGUGCCAGCGGCACGCUCCAUCCUGUCGAUGGCCUUCCAAGCCAACCCCAACUCGGAGGAGAUCUGGCUGGCCGCUGUCAAGCUCGAGUCCGAGAACAACGAGUACGAGCGCGCGCGCAAGCUGCUCUCCAAGGCGCGCUCCAGCGCCCCCACGCCCAGGGUGCUGAUGAAGUCGGCCAAGCUGGAGUGGGCUCUGAACGAGACCGCCGCCGCGCUCCAGCUGCUCGAGGACGGCGUCCAGGCGUUCGCCGACUUCGCCAAGUUGUGGAUGAUGCGCGGCCAGAUCCUUGAGUCGCUCGGCCGCGACGCUGAGGCCAAGGACGUCUACAACCAGGGGGUGAAGCAGUGCCCCCUGGCGGUGCCCAUGUGGCGACUGCUGGCACGGCUCGAGGAGCGCACCGGCCUCCAGAUCCGCGCCCGCUCCGUGCUCGAGAAGGCGCGCCUGCGCAACCCGCAGACCCCCGAGCUAGUGGCUGGAGGCGGUACGCGUGGAGAGCCGCGCUGGCCUGGCCGACAUUGCUGGCGGCCUGAUGGCGCGCGCUCUCCAGGAGUGCCCCAACUCUGGCCUCCUCUGGGCGGAGGCCAUCUUCAUGGCCGACCGUACGCGCCGCAAGACCACCUCGGUGGACGCGCUGAAGAAGUGCGAGCACGACGCACACGUGCUGCUCGCCGUGUCCAAGCUGUUCUGGGCGGAGCGUAAGCUGCAGAAGACACGCGACUGGUUCAACCGCGCGCUCAAGAUCGAGCCCGACCUGGGCGACGCAUGGGCCUACUACUACAAGUUCGAGUGCCAG